GUGGUUCGAAUUAUGGGUGAUGGGUGUGCGCAUCUCGAGUAGGUUAAUCGAACAGCUGCGGUGAAAAUACAUAGCCACAAAACGCACAAAUACUUGCUUUCCAACAUCUCAGGCCCACCACCACAUGGAGGAGAAAUGUGACAUCUGUGGUGUCAUUGGAGUUGCCGAUGCAAUAGUGACCUGCACUCAAUGCAAAGUCAAUUGUGAACACACCUAUUGCAUGCGAACGCUUCUUGAGGAGCCCCCAGUAGGUACAUGGCUUUGCGAAGAGUGCGACUCCAGCUCCAAACCUAAUAAACCACCAAGUGCAGAAAUAUUGCCCCUCGUCUCGAAAUUAAGCAACACCGUCAAAUUUGCCGAGCAAACGCAAACUGCCGAGAGACGAAAAUUGGUGAAAAGAAAUUGGGAGAAGAUGGUGGCAACUGGGAAGACUAAGUACAUCUCUGUUACAGAAGCUAUUAAGCUCUCGUCGGGUGAGAAAAAAUGUCCCGGCCCUUCAAACGUCAUUUCCCACUCGAGAAACAGAUUCCCUAAACACCAACCAGAGAGAUCGCAGCUGAGGCCUGCAGUACUUACCGUAAAGCCUCAGGCACAUGGCCUUAUCGACAUUUCCGGAAGGAAACCUCCAAAGGUCAAGAAACUCACAGAAAUUCAAACAUCAGUGAGCAGUCCCAAACAGUCUAUGGACCUUGUGAACAAACGUAUGCAAAAGGAAACGGCAGCAGAAAUUCAGUUAUUUCAUACAAAGGGGAGAAGAUCACUACGGAAGAACCCCCCUUUAGCACCAUCAGCAAACGACUCACAAGGUGAUAUUGGUCAAACUGCUAUCGAGUCGAGAACUUUGUCUGAUUUGAAGAAGUAUGACGAGAAUGUGAACAAUGAUCUUUUGCCUGAUGUAGAAACGUAUUCACUAUCUCCUUCUUUGGAUGCUUUAUGGACGGGAAGCUUCAUUGUCAAGGAAGAUGAUCGACGUGGGGAAGUGAAUCAUCAGAUUCAAGCUCAUUCUCCUUCACACGUUCGUAGAAAAAUCUACGAAUUCUCGAAGCAAAUGCCGAAAGUGAUUCAUGUACAAUUGGUUCCGUUGAAAAAAUUCUGGAUCGAUUUCUUCGAGGAAUAUACUCCGUACGAGAGGGACAUUGGGUUGUACUUCUUUCCCGGUGGUGGAGAGAGAUCGGAGGAUUAUAUAUCCCUGCUCGAGUCCAUUACUGUGAAAAACAUGGCAUUGAGGAUACAAAUUGCUGAUGUGGAGCUUUUGGUUUUCACCUCCAAACUUUUGCCUGUUAAUUGCCAAUGUUGGGAGGGGAAGAACUUCCUUUGGGGAGUAUUUCAUAAUGUGAAACAAGAUACAAGUGGUCUGUUGAAAAUCGAGCUACCGAAAUUGUCGAUGAAACCCUGGGAAGAGGAUAAUAAUAAUAAUAAUGGUGACAAUAAGGAGGAAGUAGACAUGGAGAUAGACAUGAUAGGUGGCAUCAGUGUAGGAAGAGAAGAUGUUCGAGUUCCGAGACAACCUAUUAUUAUUCCUCGAUUAAUAAAUGUCAAAACGGAGGACCAAGAUCUCAGUAUUCCUCCUGGAUUUGAGGAGAUAUAUCGGCUCAGAGUUGAGGGAAGGCAAAAGUAAACGGGAUGUGUGAUUGAUCGAUCGAUCGUUCGCCUUUUGGAGUUGUUUAGAUUUUAGGCACAAAGCUAUUUGGUUGAUCUGUACAGCUUAGAGAUCGAUUGAUUGACCUCUAUGGUUGAUACUAUACAGUUCUAUGUGGUUUGUUUACACGUCUGUCCGUUGCAAUGUUUGUUUUUUUUGUAAAUUCGUUUUCUAACGGGGGGUUAAGCACUUCUGCUCUACUCAUCUUUCAUAUUCAUUUAUGUUUUAGUAUGGACUGUAGACCCAUUUUCUCUGUUCUGUAGUUGUGUUACAAUCUGUGUAGCUUGGAAACUUCUAACUUGUUAACGUAUCCGCGUUUUCGACAUGUUUUGUGUUCGAGACUCGAGGACACCUUGUGGGA